ACCUUGUAGAAGUUGAAUGUAUUCUCAGGUCUUCAUCAUUGAUGUCUAGCCAAGAGUAAAUACUCCAGGUUAGCAGGCCUGUUUUCAGUAGGACAACAAUCAUACGCUAAUACAAGAUGGAAGAUUCAUACAAAGAUAGGACUUCAUUAGUGAAAGGAGCAAAAGAUAUUGCCAAGGAGGUGAAGAGACAAGCAGUGAAAAAAGUGAAUAAAGCUCAGGAUGGAUACACACAACGAUCAUAUAAUAGAUUCCAAGAUGAAGAAGAAGAUGAUGACUGUUACGGCCAUGGAGGAGAUUAUGGUGGAGAAGCCAAUGAUGAUGAAGGGUCAAGUGAAGCAACCGAAGGGCAUGAUGAAGAUGAUGAAAUUUAUGAAGGGGAAUAUCAGGGAAUCCCAAAUAUGGGCCAGGGAAAGGAUGGCAUGGUGGCCUUAGGGCAGCCCAUCCGGGAUGAAUAUAAGGAUCGUAAUGAACUGGAAACAGAGAGGAAAGCUGAUGAGGAAGAACUAGCACAGCAGUAUGAGCUGAUUAUACAAGAAUGUGGCCAUGGUCGUUUUCAGUGGGCCCUCUUCUUUGUUCUUGGAAUGGCUCUAAUGGCUGAUGGCGUAGAAGUUUUUGUGGUUGGAUUUGUGUUGCCCAGUGCUGAGACAGACAUGUGCAUACCCAAUUCUGGAUCAGGAUGGUUAGGUAGCAUAGUGUACCUUGGGAUGAUGGUGGGGGCAUUCUUCUGGGGAGGCUUGGCAGACAAGGUGGGAAGGAGGCAGUCUCUCCUGAUAUGUAUGUCUAUCAAUGGAUUCUUUGCCUUCCUUUCAUCAUUUGUCCAGGGCUAUGGCUUCUUUCUCUUCUGUCGCUUAUUUUCUGGAUUCGGAAUUGGUGGAGCUGUUCCAGCAGUAUUCUCGUAUUUUUCUGAAGUCCUUGCACGAGAGAAGCGUGGUGAACACUUGAGUUGGCUAUGCAUGUUUUGGAUGAUUGGAGGAAUCUAUGCUUCUGCCAUGGCCUGGUUAAUAAUUCCUCAUUAUGGAUGGAGUUUCAGUAUGGGAUCUGCCUAUCAGUUUCACAGCUGGCGAGUAUUUGUGAUCGUCUGUGCACUGCCCUGUGUCUGCUCUGUGGUAGCACUCACGUUCAUGCCAGAAAGUCCAAGGUUCUUGCUGGAGGUUGGAAAACAUGAUGAAGCUUGGAUGAUUCUCAAACAAAUUCAUGACACAAACAUGCGAGCUCGUGGUCAGCCUGAAAAAGUUUUCACAGUUAACAGAAUCAAAACUCCAAAACAGAUAGAUGAGCUCAUAGAAAUUGAGAGUGACACAGGAACUUGGUAUCGAAGGUGUUUUGUUAGAAUCCGCACAGAGUUAUACAGUAUUUGGUUAACAUUUAUGAGAUGUUUUAACUACCCUGUCAAAGACAAUACAAUCAAGCUAACAGCUGUCUGGUUCACUCUGUCGUUUGGCUACUAUGGCCUAUCUGUUUGGUUUCCCGAUGUCAUUAAACAUCUGCAGUCAGAAAAAUAUGCAUCUGAAGUGCAUCGUUUUUAUGGGAAGAAAUAUAUUGAUACCAAGUUCAAUUUCACAUUGGAAAAUCAGAUCCACAUUGAUGGAGAGUUUACCAAUGACAGGUUUACUACAAUGACAUUUAAAUCAGUAACCUUUCAAAAUUUCCAUUUUGAAAACUGCACAUUUGAAGAUGUUACUUCAAUAAACACGUACUUCAGGAACUGCACUUUUAUGUAUACCAAGUUCUACAACACAGAUUUUGAGGAAUAUAAAUUUAUUGACAGUAAAUUUGUGAACUGUUCAUUUGAUCGCAACAAUACGGGAUGUCAGAUUGCCUUUGAUGAUGACUACAGUGCCUAUUGGAUUUACUUUGUUAAUUUCCUGGGAACUUUGGCAGUGUUACCAGGGAACAUUGUGUCUGCUCUUCUCAUGGACAGAAUUGGGCGUUUAACAAUGCUAGGUGGAUCUAUGGUUCUCUCUGGAAUUAGCUGUUUUUUCCUUUGGUUUGGUACCAGUGAAUCUAUGAUGAUAGGUAUGUUGUGUCUCUACAAUGGUCUCACCAUCUCAGCAUGGAACUCCCUGGAUGUCAUUACUGUGGAACUGUAUCCUACAGACAGAAGGGCAACAGGCUUUGGCUUCUUGAACGCACUAUGCAAAGCAGCAGCUGUACUUGGAAACUUAAUAUUUGGCUCCCUUGUUGGCAUCACCAAAUCAAUCCCUAUUCUCCUAGCUUCUACUGUUCUAGUAUGCGGAGGUCUGGUAGGACUUCGACUUCCUGACACACGAACCCAGGUGUUAAUGUAACUGGAAAAAGCUAUUUAUGAGUUAUUUCCCUCUCCUUACAAGUGUCAACUCUCCUGACUGAAAAGUGCAAAGGCUUCAGAUUUUCAGCACACAGUAAGGUAUCAGAUAGCAGAAAUCAAACUCAAAAUGAGAUGUUUUUGCUGUGACUGAGGUUUAGAAACCACUGUAAGAAAGUUUUAAAUCUCACAUUUUCUUUUCAUACUUUGCUGUUUAAUACUUUUUAUCUUUCGAACUGCAAAGCUACCUCUUAAAACAUUUUCAAGAGACACAUUCAGGAAGAUAAAAUCAUGCAGGUAGGUGUUUAAAAAUGCAAGCAUAUUGUCACAUCGCUUUAAAAAUAUGUCCUAGAUUUGGCUGUAACAUCAUGAGCUUCUGUAGCAUCACAAUAAGUCAAUUAUUUAACAGUACCAGUGCAGUAACUGUUAGUCUUACAUGUAUCAAUGUAUGCAGCAUUAAACAGGAAGCCGUAUAUACUGCAUCAGUACUGAGAAUACUGAUUCUCUGUGUGACUAUAUUUAAACAGUAGAGACUUCCUACUUUCUCAGAAAGGGCAUAGACAGGUAGCAGUGCCUCUUUACAGGAAACCAUUUUAUGUAGAUUCAAUCUAGAACAAAGAUUAAUGAUUGCAAGCAUAAUACUAAAACUAUAUGUGCUGAGGAGAAGGUAAUAAUUGCUACAAAAACCAGCAAAACUAAUAAUACUAAAAAAAAAUUCAAGAAGCACUUUUACUCUUGGGUCCUCCAGAGCAUAUUAAGAAAUAUUGACACUCCAUGUCUGGAAUGUUCUGACUAUUUUAAAACAAUGGGCUUUGUCUUACCUAUUUUAUAUUUCCUAGUGUAAGUAGAAGCAAUUCUUCUGAAGGCAAUAGUUACACUAGUGUAAAACCAGUGUGAGUGAGGAAAGAAUCAGGCCAGUAGCAUAACUUGGGGUGGGCAAGGGGAUCUCCAGCCCUGAGUACAGAUUUAUCGGUGGUGUCAGAAUGGUGUCCCUCAGGAAGCUGGUGCUGCAGGGGUUGUUGCAGCUGAUGUGUGAAAAGCCUACACUGCAGCAUCUGUAGCCUGAGCCCACCAUGGCAGCAGCAGUCCUGCGCCCCUGCUGGGUUGGCUGCUGCAGCCAAGGUGCAGUGACCCUGCACUGUGGCAGCAGCAGUGAGAUCUUUAAGUCUCAGGGUGAGGUAUAACUCACUGGUAACCCCUCCACCUGCACCCCAGCUGGGCACAGAAGCCUCCCUUCCCUCCCCCGCCCCUUUGUCCAGGGUGCCAGAAGUGCCAAAAACAGCCAAGUUGCUCCUCUGAAUCAGGCCAAUGUCUGUAUGAAAAUAAACUGCUUUAGGAGGUAAGCCAAAGUCCUUUUUUAUUUCACUUAUGAAUUCUUACUCCUCUUGUAACCUUUAGUUGUUAAAUAAUACAUUUUGCAUUAGAGUAACUCCUACUAAUUUAGUCACUGGUUAACUUCAGCCUCUGCUUAGUGUAGAACCUCUGGAACCAAGUGCUUUCUCUUUAAAAUCAAAACGAAAACCAAACUAAAAACCCCACUUCACUUCCACACUUUAAGAAGCUCAGCAAGAGUCCAUCAUGUAGCAGUCAUACAGCUGGUAUACAUUUUUUUAAAAUUAAGCAUUGUCUUAUUUAACACUUUCAGAUUGCUCCCAAUCCUGCAGACCUCCCAGAAAAGCCAUCAAGAAAGAAUAAAAAUUAAUAAAUAGUGUAAUAUAUAUAGUAUAUUGGGGAAAAAAAGCCAUAUGAUGAUGUGCCUGCAUUAGCAGGAGAUAGGACUUGGUGAAUCAGGCGGUCCCUUUGGAUCUUUAUUCCUAUAAAAGGCAAUAUUAUCUGAUUAAGAAUUAAAUAUAAAUAUAUGUGCAUCUAAAAAUAGUAUACCAAGGGCAGAUCCUCAGGUAGUUUAAGCUGUCAUUAAUUUUUUAUGGAGCUAUGACUAUACACAUUAGCUGCAGGAGGGUCUGCCUCCUGAUAAUGCAAUAUUCGGAGUAAAUUGCAAACAACAAACCUGGUGUAUAAGUUGACAAGAUAGCAGUUAACUUGCUGGGAAAUUUUAGGAUAUUUAUUUUAAUCAUAUCAGAUCAAUUUUAAUGGAUACUACCAUCACCGCUUAAAAAAUCUGCCAUUUAAGGAAAGCCAAAGUUUUGAAUAAGAAAGAAGGAAGAAUCCAAAAAAUAUUAUUUGAAUAAUAAUACCUUCUUGUUAUUUGAAUAAUAAUGUCCAAACUAUUUGUGCUGUGGGAUGGAACACAGUAAUCAUGUUCAGAGAGGUAGAAAAAACUGAGAGAGGCCCCUUAUUAUAUUUAAAGUUCAUGUGUGGUUUCAUUUUAAAAUACUGCAUCUAGGAGUCACAUCUCAGAUGCAAAUAUAUGCCCUGUAUUAAAAUUUAGCAACAAAGACUCAGCCCAAGAAAGCUAUUUUCCACUAUUUUUUCAAAUAAUUUAUUUAGGUUAAAUUAAAAAUUAAAUGAUUGCUGGAAAUGCAUUGAUAUUUUUCUCCAUUUUCAUAACUUAAUUGUGAUUUAAAAAGAAACAAAAUUUAGGAAACAGAUGUGAACACCAAACAGCAAAUGUGACUGAGUAUUUAAAUAAUUACAGUGUUUGCAAUAAAACAUAAUUACAUUUAAGCCUGUUAAGUGACUCUUUCAUCCCCACACUCAAAUGGGAAUCAUAAGCUUCCAUGUUAACUUUAAGGGUUGAAAUGGAGAUUGAUAAUUAUUUUUCACAAGGACCUAGGUUCAAGAUAGAAUGCCAGCCUCAGCCUUCAGUCUCAUAGCUUUCUUCUUUGUCACAGCAUUUAUAUUAUUUUAAAGUUCAAUUAAGAAAGCAUCUCAUUCUGGCUUUUUGUGUAGCCAUUUCUCACCUGGGGGAAAUCCACUCAUGUAAUUUUUUAGUCAUAUGGCACCCUUGUACUUAUUGUACAGCUUGUUUUUAAAUCUGAAGCCUCUGUACAAAUUUAGAGUGAUCAUCAGUAGUCAGUGUUGAAUCACAUUUUUGCUGCACCUUACACUUGUUCAGAGUGGUAUAUUGUGUUCAGUUCUGUAUGCUACAUUCAAGAAUUACAUUAUCCAGUGUUUAGUGCAGGGCUUUGAGUAGUGGGGAGGGAGCACAGGAAAGGAAGGGCCAGUUAUUGAGGGCUCCUGUUUGGGAUUAGUAUGCUAAAACCUAAUUGCAUUUAAAAACAUGAUGAGUUUCUAUUAAAAGACUGUCCACACACUUUCCGCAGCAUCCAAAUAAGGCAUGUGAUUAUGCUAAAUCUAGGCUGCAUCUCAGAUUUCUUGCUUUGAAGCAGCUUCAGUGCAUGACUCCGCCUAUUUGCAGUGUAGCCAGAAGCUUUCAAAUGAGCUGGGGCAUGGCAGCAGAAUGGAUAAGUAGUCAUGAAAAAGGAAGUAUCUGACUCCACAGGUAGAUGUGACUUCACAUGGCAUCAUUUGCAAAUAGGGCUCAAAUAAUGAGUAUUGGACAAUGAAAAUGUUCCUUGCCUUCUUUCUCCUCAUUUAUGUCUCUCAAAAUUAGAGAGAGGGAGAGAUUUAGGCUCUGAAAUAUACCUUUGUUGAAGAAGGUCAAUCACAUGCAACUUCAUGAGAAAAUGCCAUGGACUGUAAAUAUCUAUAUAAUUACAACAUAUACUUGUAGUAGAAAGAGCCAAAGUAGAUUGUGUUUGUACACCAGAGCCCUCUAACAACCUUUUUCACUUUGGGGAAAGCUACUUGUUUCAUUCAUGAGUCGUAUAGCACCCUUGUACUUACUGCACAGCUUGUUCUGAAAUCUGAAGCCUUUGUACAGGUUUAGAGCGAUCAUCAACAGCCAUUGGUAAAUCACAUAUGCCUGUCAUUGUCCCUGCACUGCUAUGAAACAAUGCAGAUUCUCUUUCAGUUCAACCUAUAGGAAGACAUGAGUUCUUGCCCUUUUGCUGUUGUGAAGUUUAAAGGGUUCAGUGAGGUGACUUGUUCAAGUUGUUGUUCAAGGUCACCAUCACUGACCACUGUAGAAAGAAAAGACCAAAGCUACAUAUUAUAGGAUCAUAGGAAAGCAGGACUAAAAGAGACAUCACAUUGUUAUCUAGUCUAGCCCCCCGCUGAAAUCAGGAUCAUCCCUAACUAAACCAUCCUGCCUGUCCAACGUGCUCUUGAAAAUUUCCCGGAAUGGAGAUUCCACUAUUUUUCUAGGUAGCCUGUCCCAAUGCUUGACCAACCUCAUAGCAGAAAGUUCUUUUUUAGAUGCAGACAAAAGUGACAUUUUUCAAGCAAUCUGGCCCCUGAAAACACUCUGCAGUCAUGUCAUAACACAUGUGCAUGGCUGCAGAGCACUUUUAAAAUGGCUGAUCACAUGAAAAAAAUGAAUUUGGUGAAAUUAGGUAUUACAUUGAGGUGUUCAAAAGCAGAGCACGCUAGGGAACUUGUGUUCCCUCCAGGGUUAAUUUUUUGCAUGGUGGGGCGGGAAAGGAGGGAGAAGGAGAAGGAACUCCAAGCUGCUAGAUGGCCAGAGUUGAGGGGGAGGCGCCAAGGAAUAGAGCCCCCUCACCUCAUGGGCCCCCCCAGCUACCCCCAAUACCCCAGCUGAGGUAGCUGGGAGGGGGCCCACAAGAACCUCAUUCCCUACCCACUCCCCCUUAGCUCUGGCCAUUCAGAAGCCAGGAGCAGCCAGCAUGGAGCUCCUGGUUGCUGAAUGGCCAGAGCUGAGGGGAAGAGGGUGGGAAACAGAGCCCCCUUGCCUCACCACCGCCACCCCCCAGCUACCCCCCAGUACCCCAACUGGGGUAGAUAGAGAGGGCCCAUGAGGAGAGGGGUCUUCAUUCCCUCCCUCUGUCCCUCAGCUCUGGCUAUUCAGCAGCCGGGAGCUCCCUCCCCUUCUUCCUCCCUCGCUGGUAGCCCCUGAGCUGGGGUGGGGCUAGAGGGGAUAGGGCUGGGGAGAGGGGGGGGGCUCAGCAGCCUCCUCAGAGGAUGCUGGAGUACCCCUGCCUGCUGUUCAGGGCUGGUGAAGGCUAACUCCAGCCCCUCCCCACCCCUCAAUGCAACAGAUGUCUGUCGGGUCAGGGGGCCAUGGGUCUCUAACUCAGUGUUUUAUGUAAAGCACCAUGAGUUAGAGUGGGUCCCUAAUGUGUGUCUGCGCCCUUAAUCUCUAAUCUAAAUAUUCUGUGCUAAAACCUGAGGCUAUUACUCCUAAUCCUGUCCCCUAUGGCUGUAGAGAAAAGCCCAUCUCCACCCUCUUUGUAAUCAUUCUUCAGGUACUUGAAGAGUGGUCAUCAUAUCUCCCCUUACUCUUCUCUUCUCUAGACUUAAUAACCCUUGUUCUUUCAGCUUUUCCUCAUUAGUUAUGCUUUCCUGGUUUCUAAUCCUUUUGUGGCUCCCCACUGGACUCUUUCCCAUCUGUCCACAUCUCUCUUGAAGUGUGGGGCACCACUGUAAUAGUAUUAACAGUAGUGGUCACUGCUUUCAAAUUGUCAAAAAUUUUCAACAGAAAUUCUCAAUUUAAAAAAAGAGAAAAAGGUGUUCCUUUAGUGCCAGUUCUAGUAUUAAUACCAGAUUUCUUGAUAUAGGGCUUGAAUUGACUGACUGUAUCUUUGGUUGGAAGGAUAUCAUCAUUCAGUUUCUAUCACAAGAUGUUCCUUUGAAAAAGGAAGAUUACUGAAUUUAUAUUAACCAAGGUAACUACAUUAAUUUUAGGCCUUCCUCAAUUUAAACAGGAUGCUUACUCAAUUGAUGUCCUCUCUAAUGACUCUUGAGCAGUAACUCCUAACCAGAGGGACAGAACUAGAGUUUCAUAGUUCCUUUAGGACAGGACUGAAGCAAAAUGGGGAACCUGGCCUCCCUGAGGCCAGUUAUGCAAAGUUGAAAUACAGAAGAGCUCUUUCCAAAUAUGUCAUGUCCAUGGCCCUCCCUUUGCCCAUUCCCAAGGUAGCCAAAAAAGCCCUUAAACUCUUAAUCAGCUCUCAUCUCACUUUUUCAUUCCUUAUUGUUCUGUUCAUCCCAAAUGAAUUUGCUCACCGGAGAACCUCUCCUAGGUUCUAUUAAACUUCAUUCCUCACUUACUUUUUUCAAUUGCCUUUGCUUUCAUUAUGUUCUCCAGUAGUACACCAGUUUCUGUGUUUGUUAUCUUCUCUUUUGAAACCAAGAUAGAAAACAAGUUAAAAUAAAAAAAACCAUUCAGGUGAGUUCAGCUAUGGAAGACAGAUAGUCUCUGUGGGCACCUAUACAUGAGCAGGGAGGCUGCCCAGACACGCUGUAAUUACAGCAUGUCAGAGCAGACUCGAUUAAUUGUGUCUGCUGAAGUGUGGUAAUUACCAUGCUCCAGCAGACUCCAGCAUCACAUGUAUCAGCGUCCCCACACUGCAAAAUGGUGGCAGGGCACUUAAACUAAAGCUCAUUCAACAAGCUUUAGUUCAAAGCACCCCACUGACAUUUUUCAGCAUGGGGGCACUGAUGCAUAUGAUGCUUCAGGCACUUUAAUUAACACGGUUCUCGGAGCUGCUGUAAUUAAAGGGUCUUUCCCCCUCUGCCCCCCAACCUCCCAGAACACAUUUAUAAACACCCUGUUAGUCUCGUUUUAUAUCUGGAUAACCUAAUGAAUAGAGGCAGUCAAACAACACAGAUAUCCUAAGAGGACCCAUGCAGCUCCUGUCUGUUGUUAGGAUGGGGAAAAUGAAGAGAAAGGAAAGUCCCCUGGUGUUGCAUUAGGUUCAGCUCUACUUAGGAGGAAUGUUUCCUCCUCCUUUUCUGGAAGUCCUGUCUUUUCUUUCCUCUCCCUGCCAGGUACCUCAGCUUUGUAUAGUUUCCCUACCAGCUCUUGAGGCACAGUUGUAUGGGUUUCAUCUUCCAGCAACUUAAUGAGGUCACAUGCUCAUCAGUACAUGCCAGGUAUGAGAGCAUCAUCCCCUCACACCUCCCUUACUGAACCCAGGUGGUGCCAGGUUAGGACAUCCUGUCUGACAUGUUUGAUCUUUAGCUGGAAAUGAAAAUUAAGGUUCAAUCACAAGGCUUAAAAAGGAAUCCUUGACACUGUACUCAUGCUGGAUCACAGAUGCUGUCCAUUUCCUCCAGAAUCUGGGGGCAGGUUUAGCCAUCAAAUUCCAGAAGAAAACAAGUCUGACAGUCUGAGCUUUCUGCUUCCUAUCAAAAUAACCAGUGAGUGUCCAGCUCUGCCCUGUAUUAGUAGCAGCUCCAAUACUAUCAGUAAGUUCAGAAAGUACAGCAUCAAGAAUGAUACCUUGGCAGAUGGACAUAAAACAAUAUUCUUGCAGUGAUAAGGCAUUGUCAGCAGACAUGUAAGUCUGUGAGUCUGCAACACAAAAGCAGAACUGUAAGCUAAAUAAAAGUGUUACUUGACAUUGCUACCUAUAAAUCUGCUAAAACUAUAUACUGCUCCAGUCUGCACUUUAGAACAAGGUCUAUGUAUCUGUAAUGGUCCAUGUGUUGAAAUCAUCCUCCUAACUUCUGCCACAUGGCCUGUUUGUUAUUUUUAACACAUUCAAGCAGUAGACAUGUCACUUUUGUUUGCAUCCUUUACUUUUCCUCUGCUGACCUGUUCAUAACUUACUUUCUUGGAAGUAGGAGAAUCCUUGAGCUGUAAUCCUGCUCUAGAAUCUUAAGAUCGUUAAAGAGCACUCUAUUUUACUUUAAGGAUUUUCCUUGUAUCCAAAGCAGUACUUCUGAACACUUUUAGAUUCAAAGCACCCCACACUGGUCUCAAGACACCCUCCCAUAACUUUUGUGAAUUGAGUAGCACUCAAUUUCAAAAACUAAUUUAUAUAUUACAGUGGUUACCUCCUUGCAGAGGGGCCAGGCAGUGAGGAUGAGGGAUCAGCCAGGCAAGGAGGAACCCUGCAGCCUGGUAAUCACUGAUCCAGAGGUUUAGUAUACAGGGAACAGAAAAAGACAGAACAGCCCAAACAAAUUUUCUCUUAAUUACAUUGGUUUUCCACUGGUGUUUCUCUACAUUUACGGGCCAGCCUAGGAUAGCCAUCCUCUGUGCCCCAAGAGUGCUUCCUAUGCAAUUGAAAAUAAAGAUGCAGGAAGCAGUGACUGUGUGUAGUCAUUCUACCCUAAAUUUGUAUAAGUGCCUACUGCACCAAGAGCAGAUUCCUGGUGUAGUAGAGAGUCAAUAGGGGCUCUCUAAUUUUUAGGGUCAAUGUUAUACCUAUAAGAAGGUCAGUGAGAAAAAUCACAAAUGUAAUUGCUACUGCAUAUUAGUUCCUCCUCACUGUACCCAAAGUGCACUUGGAUACCAAGGACAAAGAUUUAGGUUACUUAGCAGCCACAGGUUCUGGACCAGAGAGACUCACCACAAAAUAGUACCGUCCCUGUCUUAUACCUUCCCUAUAGAUAUAAAUUUAAUGUCAUAGAUCUUUUAGAAGGCAUGUGAUUGAAAUGCUAUUAAUUCUUGCCCCUUACUCUAGCUUACAAAUCCCUAUUUUAUCUAAUCUACAGGUUCUCAACCAUCAGUUUAGAAAUGAAAGAGGAACAACAGUAGUACACUGUAGUUUCUACUGGUCUCAACCUGACCAGUCACAUCUGCUCAUUUCUCCUUGGAUCCAAGGGAUCUACUGAUAGUCCUUCCUUCUUGCUUUCUAACUGUAGGCACCUGCCAGAACUUGGACCCCCUAGAUCUGUGCUCAGCAGUACAACCCUAGUCUGCAUGUCACUGAUAGAUACUGUACAUCAUUUCUUACAGAGUGCUGUGAGCACGCCCCUUACAUUUGGAUAUAUGGGGUAUAUUCCACAGAAUAUAUAUUUAGGUAUAUUCCACAGAGUAUAUUUGGAAAAAUAUUUUUAACAUUGAGUUUCAUUUUCAAUGCCAGUGAUUGCUGUUUUCCACAUUAUGAACACAAAAUACACUCUACAUUUCUUUGAGCAAAAUGCUUUGUUUGUGUCUUCAUGCCUUAAACUGCUGUGGUGCCAAGAGUUUUCUUAGUUCGCCAUUAAUUCAGAUAUCAUUGGAAGAGAACUCCUAUGAUUGUCUGAAAAAUAAGCUUUGGCUUCGCUGCAUCCCUCCUUCAACCACACUGUGCCAAAAUAUGAAGCAACAAACCAUAUAGAAGCAUCAGUCCUGUGCCAGUGAAUAUGGGGAAGGCUUUGGCUCAGCACACUGAGAUGUUUAAAAUUGAGUAUAAAAUCCUAUUUUUUCUUAUUCAGAGCAAAAUAUGUUUUGAAUAAUGUUCUGUAUAGACCUUGACAUAUUAACCUGUGUGUAAUAUAUGGGAAAAUGUCUAUGUCUUCUUUCUGUGUUGUAUGUUUUUCAUUGUUUCUGCAUACAUAGCUGUUGUUGUUCUAGUGAUGUUCUAUGGCUAUACGUUGUUUGUCAGCAAUCUUUAGCCAGCAGAGACAGAGCCAUUGCCAGGGUAUCUUUCAAUAAAUUAUUAACAUGCUCAAAACUCUAGUUCAGUGAGGAAUGUUGGCUAGUACAAUUCCUUCUAGAAUUCAAGUGAAUCCACCCUGAAAAACUGCAGUGCACACUCAAGCAAUAAGGGUGGGAAGAAACCUUGCUAUAGCUGUGGUAUUUAUUGCACUUUUCCUUCUCUAGUUGCCAGUUAAUCCCUCCCCCCCGGCAUGUUUCUAGGGGAAGAGGGAGAGAGUGUCUGUGUGAUUGGGCACACACUUGAAGUCAGCAGGAGAAAGGACAUUCUCCUUUCACAGAAGUGACCUCUUGCAUGCUUGCUAACUGGAAAACUAACACAUUUUUAAUGAGAUUAAAAACAAGAGAACUAAUCUACCCCUGGUUUGGUUCAUUGUCACCCUUGAGUUGGUGCAUUCAAUUUCAAUCUAUUCUCAGCCAUUAACAUAAAUAACAGGAUACAAUAGCGCUGAUAUAGCAGCACCCUUUGUCCACACUAGAUCUUCUAAUGCCAAGGAAAAAAAAACACCGUUGGUUGGUCACCAUAGCCUGCAGCUUUUAAUACUGUCUGUUGAAAAGGCAGUUAUAAAAAAAAUAAAGAAAAUUAAAGGAAAAUCACCAUUUAGAUUGACAAUCAAUGUUGUUAAAAUCAAUAUCAGACAUGUGUAAACAACAUCCAGUGUAUGGUGAAGGAAAAAAUUGAAUUUUCAAUUUUAAUUUAAUUAUUUUUUUGACAGUAAGGUAGGUUUGGGGGUGGGGCUCAGGAGGGGAGAGGGUUUUGCAAAAAUCUCAGUGCUGGAGUGGGAGCACCAGCCAUUGCGAUGGUCAGUUGCAGCAGCACAUUGCCUAUGGCAAAGAAGCUACCAGAGAUUAGCUGCCAGACUUAUAAAUUGUUCUUAGUGUGAUCCUCUGCGGAUUCCUACUGAAGUCACUUGGAAGCAGGGCCGGCUCAUCCUAUCCUGCAGAACCUGUGGCCGUGGGGGGCCCUGCAGCCAAGGGGCCGUGUCCAGCUCUCCCCCUGCCACCUGUGCCAUGUUUAAAGGGCUCAGUGCAGGCAGGGAGCCCCUUCCUGGCCAAGCUGGGGAGGAGUUCCCAGCUCCAUUCCCACCACAGCCCCAAGGAGGGAACCCAGGCAUUCCCAGUACGUGCUUCCCCCACCCCAGGGAUCCCCCUGCAGCGCAGCUCAUAUGCGCGCAGCCUGGCCCCGACUAUUUUAUUUCAGUAAGUUUAUACUGCAAUUAACUGCAAUUUUGAUUUUUCGAUAGAUCAGGGGGCCCCAAAACUAUAUCUCCCUGGUGGUGCCAAAAAGUGGGCCAGCCGUGCUUGGAACAGCUUGCAGGUUUGGAGCUUUACCUUCUUUCUAAUUCAGUGGCUCUCAGCCUUUUUAGACUCGGGGCACCCCUCUGUAACUUCUGUGAAUUGAACAGCACCCCAUUUCAAAAACUCAUCUAUUAAAGAGCGUGCCUCCUUGCGGAAGGGUGGGGAGUUGGGGCAGGACAGCAGCUAGGCAGGGACUAGCCUGAACCUGCACUUGCCUCCUCACAUCUAUUUAUUUCAAAAGAUCUCAUAGCGCCCAAGAGUGACCUGGCACCCAGGUUCAGAAUCACUGUUCUAAUUAAUUAAAAAGUUAAAUGCAUGAUCACUUGUAGAGCAGCAUUGAAAGCCACUUCUUUUCUGCUUCCUGGGGAGUGGAAGGAUUUAAUUUGCCACUGGUUGAAUUUUUAAAUGUUAGCCCGUGAGGUCCCUAUGAAGGUGGUGAGGCUCCCAAAUUGAUGCAUGAGGCUGCAAAAGCUUCUGAGAUUGCAAACCUCAUGAAUUAGUUUAUCACUUUCUCUUUCCAGCCAUUUUGUAAAUAAAAGAGUAUUUUUUACUGCCAUCUGUCUUGGGGUAAAAUUCUAACAGCCAAAAUGUAACUUGUACUUGGACACAAUAUAUAUUUGACAUUUAAGACCCAAAAACUGUCAAAAUAAUCAAUGUUUUACAAUGCAAACUUUCCUAAACUAAUUUCCAGCUUUGUACAUGCUGAAGUAGUCAUCCAGCACUUGGUACUGAAAAUAUAACUAUGUCUUCACUAUAGUUUACGGAUAUAGUCGAAGUACUGAUUCUUGGUAAUUAAUCAGUAUCUUUUAGAUCCAAACAACAAAAGAAAAAUAUGUCUUUGCUCUCAAUUCUUACCAAGCCAAAUUCUGCUCUUAGAAAUCAAUGGCAUGGCAGUGAGUCAACUGGGAACAGAAUUUGGCAUGCUGUUUUCAACAUAUAAAACACAGAUGUGUACUAAUCUAUAUACUGUCAAGAAAAAUCCAAGGCAGUUCUGCUAUUAUGUUUCAUAACAUGAUGUUGUGUAUAUGCUGUAUAUAGGGUACUAAAAUAUUAAGUUAAAUUUCCAUUUACACACACUCACUUUCAGAUCCACUAUUUUACAAUGAGAUCUUGGCAAUGGUCCUGACGUUUUCUUUGUUUUCCCUCCUGCUCUGUAUGAUCUCCUAUAAGGCAGAUUACAGUCAUCAUUACUAUGUGUACGUGUUUGCAUGUGUGUACAUUGAUAAAUUCUCACUUGCAGGUUUCUGGAGUUUUCAUUCCAAGUACAGCUGGUACAAUUGUGAACUCAUCUUUCUGGUAUGCUCCUUCGUGUCAGAUUACCAAUUGCCAAACUGUUUGACCAAGUGUUUUGAUAAAGUCCCUUAAGGAAAGCUGUUUGUAUAAUUGUGAAAGGGCAUGCUCUGUGUAGGAUGACUAUGUACAGUAUAAAUCUAUAAAACGUGGAAAUGUUUAUAAAUUUAUCUGCCAAGUACCUAUCAUCCAUGUACUAAACACAAAGAUAUUUAAUGUACAUCAAAUGAAUAAAGGGGCAUUUUCUGCUCUACUAUAUUCAAAUAAAGAAUUGUUUUCUGCAAUGAAUACAUAUCAGGUGCAGUGACAGUUCAAAAUGUGUUCAUUCUAAGUAUAAAAUGUUGAAAACAGUU